GUCCUCCGCGAAGCCUUCCCGGCUCGGGAGCUGAGCCAGUCCUCUUGAGACCCCCAGCCCUUAACUGGAAUGUCUGCGUCCCUUUCCCUCAGGCUCGUGGUGGGAGAGUCUGCAGUUUGUUCGCCUGCCCAUCCCAGCGUCCGACCAGAAACAGCAGGCACACAGGGGGCGCCUGCUGAGUGUGUGAACCCCCACGGUAGAGCAGGGCACUCUGCGAGAGAAAAACGCUAACAGCAGCGGUCACUCUGUCUCACACCUUCCCAGGAUGGGCGCUCUCAUGCACUCCUGGUUCCAUCUGCGCCCAGGAUAAAUGCAGCGGUGCUGGUCUGCAUUUCGGAGAGGAGAAAACCAAAAAGGAUGGACCAUGGAAUGAGCUGAGAGAGUCCCCCUCCCCACCUCCUCAGCCACCACCGAACUUCCUCUUCCCGACUGCCCUCGUGGGUGGGGCCCUCAGAGACCGGGGACCAGCAGGAGACCAACAGAGGCCUUAGCAACGCCCCAAGUCUCUGUUGCAGCAACAGGCCAGUAGGCAAGACUUCCUUUUGCUUAUGGAGCAUGCGGCAGCCCCAGGCCCCAGGCCGGAGCCCCCACCCUGGGCCACUGAGAAUGUUCUGCGGCAGGCCGAGGACUGGACAACCAGCCUCAAGACAGAGCUUCCCUCAGAUCUACAACUGAGUGAGGAGCAGCGGCUGCAGAUCUCCAAGGAGUUGGUUGACCUGCAGAUCACAACGCAUCACUUGCAGGAGCAACACGAGGCUGAACUCUUCGAGCUGAAGAGUGAGGUCCUGCGGCUGGAGAGCCGGGUGCUGGAGCUGGAGCUGCAUGGAGAUUGUGCAGCCCCGGCAGAGGCUGACCUGGGGCGCCGACAGAAGCUGGCACAGGGGCUUGGGCACAAGGCCCAGGAGCAGGCACAGCCUGAGGACUUUUUGACCCCUAAGACCGAACAACAGAAGCUGGGGAACAGUCUCCAGGGGGAAUGGCAGCGAGUGCUGGAGCAGCACAGGGCCCAGAAGCAGGCACUGGAGACCCGCGUGGCAGAUCUGGGUCGGCGGCUGCAGGGAGCCCGAGAGGAGGCCAGGAUGGCUGGGCAGCGACUGGCCACACAAGCCAUGGUAUUGUCUGCCUGCCAGGGCCAGCUCCGCCAGGCUGAGGCGGAGAACGCCCAGCUGCAGCUGCAGCUCAAGAAGCUGAACCAAGAGUAUGCCAUCCAGCUGCAGCGAUGUGCCCAAGCCGUGACCGUGAGCACCACCUGGGGGUGGCCCUGUGCUGGGUGGGAGGCUUCGGGUCCCGCGGAGCCCAAGCCUGGCCCGAGUGCGCUGGGCUGCUUCCGGGAGACCCCGUGGGCCCGGCCUGCCGCACGGCCUAAUCUGCUCCACAGAGGGAACCGUGGGAGGAAGUGUGGGCCCAACCAGGCCCCGCCCUUGUCAGCCCUGGCCCCACCCCCACCCCCAGCCCCGCCCAAUCUCCUCCAGGAGUCUGCAAAGCGCACCGGCCAGGUGCCGGAAGCCGCAGCCCUUAGGACGUUCCUGGAGACCACUCUGGAGGACAUCCGGGCAGCACACCGCAGCCGUGAACAGCAGUUGGCCCGGGCUGCUCGCGCCUACCGCAAGCGCCUGGCAGAUCUGAGCCGUAGACAUGAGGAGCUGCUGGCCAACCACAGUGUGCAGCAGGUGCCGGCAGAGCCCAGUGGGGCACCCUGGACCCCCAAGGCUACCUUUGAUGCAGCCACCUCAGACCUGGAGCCACUGCCUCUGCACCUGGUCACCAAACUCAGUCACCUACCAGAGAACCAGGCCAGGCUGGAGACGAAGUUUUGGAAGCUCCAGGCCCAGCCUUUCCAGUCCAAUGGGCUCAUGACGCUGCUCUUGUUCCUACAGAAGGGACCCAGUGGAGCCUCCCAGGGGAGCACAUCAGAGCCACAGGGCCAGGAACCUGCCUCCUGGGCCCAGAUCCACCAGAAGCUCCGGGACUUCUCCCGUGGCACCCAGGCAGAGCUGGAAUGUGAGCGGGCAAAGCUACUAGUCCGGGCCACGAUGGCUGAGGAGCAACUUUCUGAGCUACAGGACUAUGUGGACCAGCACUUAGGCAGGUACAAACAAGAGAUCCUGAGGCUGAGGAAGCUAAUGGGUACAGAGGAUGCCUGCAAAGUGGGGGCCACCCCUCCAGUCAAGCCCCAGCACUCCAAGACCCGCAGCCGCUAGCCAGCUGUCAAAUGCACUCAGCAGAACUCUUCGCAGCCGGCAUGGAACCCUCCUCACAGCACCCCCUUGCGGGCAGGGGUCAUGCCAC